ACUCUGCUGAUAAGAUAUGUUAUCAUGUUAUCAAAAAGACGCAAGGAAGCAUUUCAAAGUAUAUCGGAAUGAAAUUCAUUAACGCUUUUAUUUGGGCCAUAUUUUUCAACACAGUAGAAGCUUUCCUGUUUACAAUAAACAAAAACAAUGCCCUUGGAUCAUGCGAACCGAAUUUCCUCUGUCCACCUAUGUGCUUGAAGACCACGCCUACUGGCUGCGAAUGUGAUUGUAGUAAAAUCGACCCCUCACAUCCGGAGCACCUCGGCGGAAAUUCUAAUCAGCAAUCAAGCCAAACAGGAUAUAACAUUCAAAAUGGAGGCGGGUGUAACACAAACUGGAUGAGUUGUCAAGCUCCUUGCGCAGCUGCAAUUAACCCAACAUCCGGGUGUGUAGAAUGCAACUGUCCCCAGGCCAUGACAUUACAACCAGCUUCCACCAAAUCAACAACAAGUACUGGUACUACGUCACACGUUGUCACAACCAAACAACCACUGACGCCAUCACCUGUGAUUACGCAACAGAAAACGACACAAAUGCCAACUACACCCACGCCACAAACUUCUACCACACGUACAACCCAAUCGCAAACAACACAAGCUUCAUCAUCUUCAUCUUCCAGUACUCUAUCUUCCACCAAAUCUCUUACUACGUCAUCCAACCCUUCCUGUCAGGGAGCAAUACAGUGUAUUCUUAGUUGCCCGAACGGCUUUUUCAUUGAUCCUAUACCAGCCCCUGACGGAUGCCCGCGGUGUUUUUGCAAAACAGCCCAAUUAAGUACGUCUACCUCAUCAGGAAAUCCCAGUACCACACAAUUUCAGACUGUCAGUUUUCCGGUUCACUUAACCACGCCCCACUCAUCGGCCACGCCUACUACAACGACACGCCCACCCAGUACCACGCUCCAUAGGAUAGUCUGUCCGGGGGUGUUCAAUUGCUCUAAGACUUGUUACACUGGGUACCGCCUGGACUCGCAAGGUUGUCCAUUGUGCGAGUGUGCGCCAUUACCAACGGGAUUGCCUUAGUUAUGAGAUGUUAUGAAUAAAAUUGAUAAAAUUAAA